AUGACGAGAACAGCAGCCCCUUCGGAUACCCCUUCAUUGAAGGUAUACUUUGUGAAACGCUCGCCCAUACUUCGUCAAAAUGUUGUAUAUGUGACUCUUCUCAAGUCUGUGUUUUCUCGUAAGAAUGGUGACUUGGAGGAGACGCCUCAUACAGUGAUGAACCUCGGAGAUGAGGAACUCAGGGAGGAUUCGAUGAAGGGUGCUAUGUCUGAUUCGAUUCAAGCUAUGCCGCGUGAAAAUCAUUCAUCUCGUCAAGAAGACCCGAUAUCACAACCUGUAGACCGUACACCUGCUGUUCAUAAUCUGCCCGUAGAGGCUGCCUCUGAGUCUUUGAAUGACACUAAGCUGCCACCGGCUAACAGGAUGAGGGAUUCUCCUGAAAUUCAUGCCACUGAGGCAGAAAGGAAAGCGAGCAUCAGCGCGAACGAUUUUGUGACCAAUAGAGGAAAGAGCAAGAGCGUCAUGAACGAUGAGUCAUCAAUUUCAAGAAUGUCACAUCCGGGAGUGAAAUUAAAUUUUACCGGAGCAAAACAACCGCCCGUCAUUAUUUCGAAUGCCGGUGAAAACCUAUCGUUUGACGAAGAAACUUUGAACGCUCGCGAUUCGUACAGAUCAGGGAAUUCAGCAAAUGGAAACUUAGGAACGCAUCGUUCAUCAGACGAAAUAUCAUCUUUCGAUUCUUUUGGAGUCAAAUCUUCCACUGGAAGACUCGUUGGAUUUGGGAAUGCCCUGGAAUCGAGUAUUCCGACAAAAAUUGUGCCGCGUGGAAGCAUGGUUGGGAGAAACAAUGCAGCCAAUGCUCGUUCAUCAUCAGUGGCGUUCGUGGAUAGAUACUCGAGUUCGGAUAGUUCUGAAGUUGCGCACAAUGAGGAAAACUCGCCCUCAUUUCGGCGACCAUUCGUGAUGCAAACACAAGGAACUCCGGUUGCAGAAUGUAAUUCUACAUCGUUCCCGUAUGUUACGGACGAAGAAGGUACACGUUCUGAAAAUGGGACCCUCAAGAAUAUCGGAAAUAUUAUCGGAGCGUUUUCACCAAAAUCACCGAAAAGUUUUUCAUCGUCCGGGAAGGACCAGCGAGCUUCUUAUGACGUGGAUGAAACUCCAUACGUAUCUGCAGCUGCAGCUGCCGUAACCAAAAUGAAGUCCACCACACGAAUGGAGAAAGGAGCAAGGCAAUCCAUGCACGAGGUCGAAGGGAAGGCCUUCGCGGCUGCUAGAAGAACCGGUGCAGUUGAGCAGCAGGAACACUUCAUUGCUCAGGAAAUGAAGAAAACUUCACAAAUUGUCACCUUAUUCAACCUGCCCGAGGACCCUUCAUCGAAGCGGCGAAGGACAAAGAGCACCUCCAGCAGUGAUUCUGGGACGAACAUUGACGCUUACGACGAUGUUCCGUCUGCUCGCGGUCAUCUAUUCUCUGGAAUCGUGAGAGCUGAGCCCGCAAUAAUUUUACCGGAGACGAAGUCAGACCUUGCUGUUGCAAUGCAGAGCGAUAAAUUAUAUCCGAGGCGAGACCCCCGGAUGAAGAUUGACAUUCCAAAAGGUGUUCUUCCAAAUGUUGCUGCGAUUGUAGACUCUGAAGGUGAAAUCAAAGCCACCGCGAGGAUAGCCUCGAAGACGCGUACAGUUCAAACAGUUACCUACAAAACGGAAAAAGACGGACUUCUGGAAACUCGCGUGGAGCAGAAGAUAACUUUGCAGUCAGAUGGAAGCGCAGUUGAUCAUGACCAAGCAUUCGCUAAAGCAAUACACGAUGCAACAUCUAUGGAUCCCAAUAUGGCUGUUGAAAAGAUCGAAAUUCAGCGAAACGCUUUUCGUUGA